AUGGAAGAAUCGAAGAUCGCUCAUGCUGAAGAACCGCAUGGAGGAUCCCCCGAUGUCUUGACAGAGUUCUCGGUUGAAUCAUCGUCGUAUGCAGUGCUAUCCGAGUCACUCGUUCAAACACCGACACACGCCGAGCAGGGUCCAUCCAAAGGAUCGUCUGAUAAGGCUUGGCACGACAACUUGAAGCGCAAUUCAGAUGGCAAGGGUACUAGCACGGCAGAGAUACGCGAAAACUUCAAGGACGGUUGGCUCAGUCUCAGCGAGGGGAAGCGGCGCUCUCCCGUUACCUUUGAAAUUGAUGCAGUGGUGAAAAGGCUAAAGGACCAUAAAAAGCACAGCUGCCAGUGCACUGGCUGCAUGAGCAAACUCUUCUCCCCCUCACUCGAAUCGACUCUCUUCGUGGUUGUCAAAAGUCACGGCGCUGCUAUCGAAGAGGAGGCUGAGACCCUGUACAAAGCUUACUAUGACGAGAUUGAAGCGCAUGCAAACUACCAGGGCCGCUAUGAGGCGUCAGAUGAUGUCGCUGAUCUGCCAUCGCUGCGUUCGGAUGUGGAGGACUACGACGAUGAUGAUCUAGAGGAGGUAAUUAAGGAACAGAACACAGACGAAGACAAACGGAGGAUCUACCUCGUUCCCUCGCGUAUGCUCGAGCUGCGAGUACUGGAGGAGUAUCGAACGAAUAUCACUAAACCUGAGCAGCGUUCACGAGUUUCUCUGUCCGAUACUGAUUCAUUUUUCAACCGCCCCGCGACAAUCUCGAAACGGGAUCCGAAGACCGCGAAUGAAUUACUGUCCGCGGACGAGGCCACAACGCACGCUUCGCACAAACAUUCCGUAAAGAAACGGCCCAAGUUUUCACGAGUCGAAUUCACACGACCUUGGGGUCGCACCGUGGCUUCGAGACAGCACCAACAGGUCGUGAUAGACGCCACAGACAAAAUCUAA